AUGGAAGAAGGCAAAGAAAUGAAGAUAGCAAGAUUUUCAAGCUGUCGUGGCGUAGCAUUUGAGAUCAAUCAUAGCCGAAGAAGCAGCCCUUUUGCGAUCGACUCACCAACAAAACCAGAAAGAUCGAUUGGAACAUGGCUUUGGAUUCCAUGGACAAGAAACAAUUCAUUCAAAAUUCUUCAUCAGCCUCAAGCUAUUAGUCCAACUCGGAGUCGAGCAAGCAGCCACUUCUGUGACAUCAACAUCGACGCAGACGAUGUCGAGCUAGAGUUUCUAUCAGAAGUUGAAGACAUGGAAAGAAACCAAGAAAAAGUUAAGGUACUUCCGAAAUCAGAACCAGCAAACAGAAAUUCAAGGUUGUCUAUUAUUCUGCUAGAUCAAGGUUUCACAGUUUACAAAGGACUAUUCAUGGUUUGCAUAACCUUGAACACGUUAGCACUUGCUCUUUCAGCUUCAGGGAAUUUUUCAUAUGGUAAAUCAAAAGCUACACUUUUCUCCAUUGGAAACAUUCUUGCUCUAACACUAUGUCGAAGCGAGGUGGCGUUAAGGUUUCUUUUCUGGCUUGCUGUCAAGACAAUAGGGAAGCCUUUUGUUUCUCUUAGAGUCAAAACAGCAACAACUUCAUUUCUUCAAAGUGUUGGAGGAAUUCAUAGCAGCUGCGGCGUUUCCUCGAUAGCAUGGCUAGUUUAUUCUCUCGUUCUAACGAUCAAAAACAACGACAAAACCUCGCCUGAGAUUCUCGCAGUUGCAUUCACCAUCCUCUCGCUCAUUACGCUCUCUUCGCUGGUAUGGUUAUUCAUUCUUCUUAGUAUAAGCUAUGAGCCUAGUUCAAAAACCUAUCACUUAACCAUUUCAAAGAUGGUUAAGAAACAAGAGUGUUGGUUCACUUUAUCCAUCACAAUUCUCAUUUUAAUUCCUUGGUUAAGUAUCAAAAAAGUCCAAGUUCAUGUUACAGCACCAUCAAAUCAUGCUUCAAUUAUCAAAUUCGAAGGCGGUGUUAAACCGGGUUUAUUCGGUAGAAUCAGUCCAUCACCAUUAUCUGAAUGGCAUGCAUUUGGAAUCAUAUCAGAUGGAAAAAAAGAUCACAUGAUGCUAGCUGGUGCAGUUGGUGAUUUCACAAAAUCAUUAGUUUCAUCACCUCCUAAACAUCUCUGGAUUCGUUCAGUUCAUUUUGCUGGAUUACCUUAUCUAGUAAACUUAUAUCAAAAAGUGUUGCUAGUAGCAACAGGUUCCGGAAUAUGCGUGUUCUUGUCAUUUCUUCUGCAGAAAAAUAAAGCUGAUAUAAAAGAACUAGUUGGAAAAUACUCAAAGGAGAAAGUGAUUGUUCAUGAUACCGCAGUUUCGGGUCGUCCUAAUGUCGCCGAGAUUAGUGUUAAUGCUGCUAUUAAUUGGAACGUUGAAGUUGUUAUUGUUACUAGUAAUCCUGAAGGUAGUAGAAACGUUGUUAAAGCUUGUAACAAAGCUAACAUUCCUGCAUUUGGUCCCAUUUGGGACUCUUGA